UCCGUCCCGCCGGGCGGCGGCGGCGGCACCAUGAAGAGCCUCAAGUCGCGCCUGAGGAAGCCGGAGGCCUCGCCCGCCGCGGGCGGCCUCGGAGGGUUGACUGCAGAUUGGAACAAAUAUGAUGAUCGUUUGAUGAAAGCAGCUGAAAGGGGUGAUGUGGAGAAGAUCUUGUCUGUCCUUGCUAAAAAGGGAGUGAACCCCACUAAACUAGAUCUGGAAGGGAGAUCUGCAUUCCAUGUUGUAGCCUCAAAGGGUAACCUUGGUUGUCUGAAUGCCAUUCUUGUACAUGGAGUUGACAUUGUGGCCACUGAUGUAGCAGGAAGGAAUGCUCUACAUUUAGCUGCAAAAUAUGGACAUGCACUUUGUCUGCAAAAACUAUUGCAGUACAACUGUUCAACAGAAAAUGUGGAUCUGCAAGGACGUACUGCUCUUCAUGAUGCCGCAAUGUCAGAUUGUACAUCCAGUAUACAGCUGCUAUGUGACCAUGGAGCCUUGGUGAAUGCCAAAGAUGCUGAUGGAAGGACACCCCUGGUGCUGGCCACUCAGAUGUGCCAUCCAACCGUAUGCCAGUUUCUGCUAGACAGAGGUGCUGAAGUCAAUGCAAGAGAUAAGCAGAAUCGGACUGCUCUGAUGUUGGGCUGUGAGUACGGCUGUAAGGAUGCUGUAGAGGUUUUGCUCAAAAAUGGAGCAGAUGUUACCUUGGUUGAUGCCCUAGGCCAUGACUGUUUCUAUUAUGCAAGAAUUGGGGACAGUGUUGAAAUCUUGUCUCUGAUAAAGGCUGCCUUUGAGGAAUCCAGCAAAGCAAGUUACGAAGUUGUGAAGAAAGGGCAGCAAAUGCUGAAGGUGUCCAGCAUGCUGCCCAAGUGGACUCAACCAAAUGUCUUGGAGGAAGUGAGCAAUAAACCAUUUCUGAAGGAGCACCAGAAUGUACAGGAAUUAGAAAGAGAAAAUGAAGAUUUAAAAGGAAGACUGAGGGAAAUCCAGCAGGAGCAACGAAUCCUACUAGACAGAAUAAACGGGCUGCAGUUGCAGCUGAACGAGGAGCAAAUGGCUGCUGAUGAUCUUGAAACUGAGAAAGAUGAACUUAGGAGGCUUCUGGCCACGAAGGAAAAGCAACAGGAAGAAAGCAUGCGGAUGCUCGAAGCUCUGAAGUCAAAGCUGAGGUUCCAUGAGGGUGAUCAUGCAGGAUCUGGAAGCAGCCUUAAUAACAGGAAAGAAAAUGUACUAAAGAUGGAUCCAGGCUAUUCUGCAGAAUCCCAGCAAAUACUUGCUUUGGUGCCAGCUAACCUCCAGAGCCGAUCCAUGGCGAGGCCUUUGGAGCUCUUAAGUCCAAGGCAGCCUUGUGCCUUGGAGACCGACGCGCUCAAGCGAGAGCUGAGCAGCACAAGGAGCUGUUACGAGGCAGCAAGAGGAGACAUAAGCAGGCUUCAGGCAGAGCUGUCCCGCAGAACUGCAGAAUGCAAAGCCCUGGCAUCUGAGUGUGAAAGAACUAAGCAGGAGUCGGAUCAGCAGAUAAAACAACUGGAGGAUGCUUUACAAGAUGUGCAGAAGAGAAUGUUUGACUCAGAAGGGAAAGUGAAGCAGAUGCAGACACACUUUCUUGCCUUGAAGGAUCACCUGACAAGCGAAGCUGCUGCAGGUAGCACUACGGUGACUGAGGAGCUGAAGGAUCAGCUGAGAGACACGAAGGCUAAGUAUGAGGGAGCUUCAGCUGAAGUGGGCAAGUUGAGGAAUCAGCUGAAGCAGAACGAACUCUUGGUGGAAGAAUUCAGACGAGAUGAAGCGAGGCUGGUGGAGGAAAACAGGAAGCUGCAGAAAGGACUUGGCAUGUUGAAGGUGGAACGGGAGAAAAGGGAGAGGACUUUCUCUGAGGCAGAAGAGCAACUGAAGGAAACGGCGGUGAAAUUGGCUAACAGGUUUGAAAAGAUGAAGAGUUCGCUGUCCAGUGAAAUUGAAGAGAAGGGCUGGAAGCUAGCUGAGUCAGAGAAGGAGCGUGAAAAGCUGUGCACAGAAGCUCAGCUCCUUAGGACAGAGCUUGAGAAGCAGAAAGCCCAGUUUGCCCACUAUGUGAGGCCAGAGGAGCACAAGCACCUCAGAAGCAGAUGUGAGCAAAGGGCCCGCGAGCUUGAGAAGGCUCACUUGGAACUGAAGCAGAAAAACCAAGCCCUGCAGAAGGCAGUAGAAAAGGCUCAGGUGGACUACAGCCUCCUGAAGCAGCAGAUGGAGACGCUCCGGGGUGAGGUGAAGACUCAGUAUGUGCCUCUGAAGAUCAGCGAAGACACCAGGAAAGCAGUGGGAGAGCUGAACAAAAAGCUGACAGAAACCACUGAGAAAUACCACCGGUAUAAAGCAGAAGCAGAGAAGCUGCUAGCGGAGAAGCUGUGCCUACAGGAGAAGGUCAGUAAGCUUCAGACAGCUUGCAUCCCUCCUGAAAAGCAUGAGAAGGAGGUGGGAGCCUUAAAAUCUACCUUGGCAGACUUGCAAAAGCAGCUUGAUGAAUUUAGCAAAAAAUAUGAAGGAGAGCAGGCCAAAGUUUCUGAACUGGUAACUAAAAACACAGCUCUUCAAGAUGUCAUGAAGAAGCAUUACGUCUCUUCAGAAACUCAUGAAGAGGCCAAAACUGCAUUGAAUGGCAUGCUGGAAAGAACAGGUAAAGAGUUGUCAGAUCUGAAGGAGAAGAUGGAAGAGGUGAAGCAGGAAUAUUUGAAAGUGAAUGAGGAGAAUGGAGCACUGAAACAGAAGUUGAGGGGGCUGCAAAGUCAAAUGCAAGCUGAGUAUCUCAGUACAAAGGACCAUGACAGUAAGGUUGCCGCUCUGAAUAAAAACAUUCAGGACCUUCAGAGAAGCAACUCUGAAAUGCUGGCAAAGUACCAAGAAAAGCAAGAAGAGGUUGCACAAUUGCAUGCAGAGAUUGAAGCCCAGAAAAAGGAGAUUGACUUGAUUCAGGAAUGCAUCAAGUCCAAAUAUGCUCCCCUCGCCAGUUUUGUUGAGAAGGAACGGAGCUUUGAGGCAACUGUGAUGGAGCUGAAAAACCAGCUACUGGAACAGGGGGAACAGCUCAGAAUAAAAGAGGAAGAAAUCAAGAAACACAGCCAGGAAAACAAAAAGUUAAGAGCUGGGGUCCUGGCUGUCCAAAAUGAUCUGCAGCAAAACUAUAUCCUUGCAGAGAAAUACCAUGAAAUGGAGGGGAUGUUUGCAAGUAAAAUGGACAACCUGAACAAGCAGUUAAGGGAGCUGCAGCAAAAGUUUGCUGAGGUCAAGGGAGAGAAGGAGAGGCUUCAGGAAGAGAGUGCCAGGCAGCGCUCCGAGGCGCUCCUCAUGCAGAGCCGCCUGGAAGGCCAGUACAUGCCUGUGGAGCAGGUGGAGGCCCUGGAGAGAAGGCUCGGCCGCACAAUUGAGGAGCUGAAAGGAGAACUUGGCAGCAAGGCUGCAAGGAGUCAGCAAGAGCUGCAGAGAACCCAGGAACUGCAGCAGGAAUUGGCCCAUCUGAAAGCCACCUCGGUGCCUCUGGCAGAGCACUCCCAAACCAAAGAAAGGCUGGAGAAGGAAAUGGUGGCCCUGCAGUCCAGAUGGAGGGAGAAGGAGGAAGAAAGCCAGCAAAGCAGAGAGGAGACUUCCCAGCUGCGCUCCGAACUUCAGAGCACUAAGCAAGCGCUAAGCAAGCUGGAGAAGAGAGAGGUGGUGGAGGCGUCUGAGCACAAGAUGGUGAGAAGCAGGCUAGAAGGCCAAGUCAGCAGCAUGGCUGAGAAGCUGGCUGAACUGACUAAAAAGAAGGAGAAGAUGCAGGAGGAGGCACUGAAGGCAAACACAGAGGAGCUGUCCCUGAAGGAGCCACUUCAACCAAGAAACGUUAACAUUGAGCAGGAAAUCAGGGACCAGAAAGAACGGUGUGACAAGUCUCUGAGCACCAUUGUGGAGUUGCAGAAGAGGAUCCAAGAGUCUGCCAAGCAGGUGGAAGCCAAAGAUAACAAGAUGAAUGUGCCAGAAUACCAGCGGAUAACUGAGCUUCUCAGUGAUGUGGAACGGCUCAAACAGGCCCUUAAUGGCCUCUCCCAGCUUACCCACAAUAUUCCUGCAAAGAGGCAAAAUCCACAGAUGGAAGUGCUCCAGAACCAGGUGAAGACUCUGCAGCAACAGCUGGCUGAUGCUGAGAGGCAGCACCAGGAAGUCAUCUCAAUAUACCGGACACACCUCCUUAGUGCCGUUCAGGGUCACAUGGAUGAAGAUGUGCAGGCAGCCUUGCUACAGAUCAUCCGCAUGCGACAGGGACUGGUUUGCUAGGGAAACGGUGGGGGCUCUGCUGACUUCUUAGCCGGCCUGUUAGUGGCCAGCAGCUGGUGAACACCUCCUCUCUACCUGCUUGCAGCAGGAAUGUGGAAAAAAGUAUUUACACAAACUCAGUUCUAAACAAAAGGAAAAGAUCAUUCAUGAUUUGAAAAAUAAAAGAGUGGUUUUUAUUUCUAGGUAGUCAAAAUGAUGACCAAAACAAAGUCCUUCUGAAUGUCAGACUGACAGCCCUAAAAGAAUAAUAACCCUGCCCUGCCCAGACACAGCCCCUUCCACCUCCUUGCAAAACACGGCACAUGGACAAAUCUCAGGUCCUGAGCCAGUGUGCUCAAAGAAGUGUGCCUGCAUCGUUUGGGGGUGGGGGCGGUACCGGAUUGAAGGCGUCUGCAGUUGUGUCAGACAAGCAACGUCCUGGGAAUGGCCUAAAGGCUCAGUCUGUGCUCCCUGGUGGCUUGGCUGGCCAAGCUGCCUCUUUGAAGACUUGCUAAAAGUAGUGCCUUUUUAUUGCUGUUUUCAUGAGAGAGAAAUAUGUACAUCAGAUAGUACUUUGCUUUUUACAA